AGCAGCAUCCUCUCAACUGUAGCCACCAACACAUUAUCUGUCUGCUUGCAGGUUUGUCAUCAUCAGCACAUGGUCAACCGAUAAACAUUGUGCUGUCACAAUGAUAGAGAAGUCAAGUGAUCAAUCGGCAGAUCCUCCACCUUACCCACAUGAAGCGAUACCUGAGGGACAUGUCAACCAAGCUUACACCUCGACUGAAAAUCCUCAGGAAGACAAACCAGAGGAGCCACCAAAGGAGGAGUCCUCUGUGAAACCAGAGAAAAAAGGCCUGUUCGGCAAAAAGGAGAAAAAGCCUAAAGAAAAAAAAGAGUCGGCGAAGGCAGUUGGAUUUUUUCAGCUGUUUCGGUAUGCCACCUGUCUAGAGGUGUUGCUUAUGCUGAUUGGCCUGGUGUGUUCUGCUGGUCAUGGCGUCGCUUUACCUCUCAUGUGUGUGGUGUUUGGACAAAUGACUGACAGCUUUGUGGUCAGUGGGCAGCAGUUUAAUACGACAGGCAACCUCACAGGAAACUUUACCUUUAACUACACAUCGAACUAUACGGGAUGUUUGGCUGGUUCUCCUGAAAUUGGCAUUGAAGACAAAAUGACAAAACAUGCUUAUUACUUUGUAAUAAUCGGGGCUUCGGUGUUAGUCCUGAGCUUUUUCCAAGUAAUGUUGUUCCUGUUGACUGCCACAAAGCAAACGAAGAGGAUUCGCGAGAAGUACUUCCACGCAAUCCUCCACCAGCAGAUGUCAUGGUUUGACACUCAUCAGAUCGGAGAGCUGAAUACAAGACUUACAGAUGAUAUAAACACAAUCAACGAUGGCCUUGGAGACAAAAUCUGUGUGUUUGUCCAGUUCUUCUGCACAUUUAUUGCCGGUUUCAUCAUUGGUUUUAUCUAUGGCUGGAAGCUGACACUGGUCAUUCUUGCCGUCAGUCCCCUGCUCGCAGGAUCGGCGGCUGUUUGGUCUAAAAUUCUUGCCACUCUGACCAGUAAGGAGUUGACGGCGUAUGCGAAAGCAGGAGCCAUAGCCGAAGAGAUUCUGGUUGCCAUCAGGACUGUCGUCGCAUUUAACGGCCAAAAGAAAGCAGUGGAGAGGUAUGAGAAAAACUUGGUGGAUGCAAAGAACUUUGGGAUAAAGAAAGCGGUAACGACUAAUGUGUCUCUGGGGCUGACGCAGUUUGUUAUAUUUGGCACUUACGCGCUGGCAUUUUGGUAUGGGACAAAACUCUCAGUGGACGAACCAGAGAAUUACACCAUCGGACGGGUCAUUACUGUUUUCUUCUGUGUGAUGAUUGGCUCCUUUUCUUUAGGGCAGGGAGCUCCAAACCUGGAGAGCAUCGCUAAGGCACGAGGUGCCGCCUAUGCGGUCUACAAAACCAUUGACAUGCCCCGUCCCAUUGACAGCAGUUCCAAAGAAGGUCACAAACCGGACAAUAUAAGAGGAGAUAUUGAAUUCAAAAACAUUCACUUCAGCUAUCCCUCCAGAACAGAUGUGAAGAUUCUGCAGGGAAUGAGUUUGAAGGUCCCUCAUGGAAAGACCAUUGCCUUGGUGGGAUCCAGUGGCUGUGGGAAAAGCACAACCAUUCAGCUCCUGCAGCGCUUCUAUGACCCUGAUUUAGGAGAGGUGACUCUGGAUGGUCAUGAUAUCCGUUCUCUGAAUGUUUGCUGGCUGCGUGAGAACAUGGGCAUCGUGAGUCAGGAGCCGAUCCUUUUUGGAACCACCAUCGCAGAGAACAUACGCUACGGCCGUGAAGACGCCACGGAUGCGGAUAUUGAACGGGCCAUCAAAGAAGCCAAUGCCUAUGAUUUCAUUUCCAAACUACCAGAUAAGCUGAACACUAUGGUUGGGGAGAGGGGGGCUCAGCUCAGUGGAGGGCAGAAGCAGAGGAUCGCUAUUGCUCGAGCUCUUGUGAAAAACCCCAAAAUCCUCCUGUUGGAUGAAGCCACUUCGGCCCUGGACACCCAGAGCGAGUCCAUCGUACAGGCGGCUUUGGACAAGGCGAGAGCAGGGCGCACCACUAUUGUGAUUGCACAUCGCCUGUCGACUAUUCGCUCGGCGGAUAUCAUCGCAGGGUUUAGCGACGGCCGAGUUGUGGAACAGGGCACCCAUAGAGAACUCAUGGCUAAGAAAGGAGUGUACUAUUCUCUCGUUACACAACAGACUGCUGGAAGGCCUGAUGAAGAUGAUGAAGGCCCUGAUGCUAAUGAAGAUGAUAUCCCAAUCAUGACAUCUGAAGGAGAGACUGAGGAGGAAUCUACUGACACGGAGACUCCUGAGGAAGCAGUGGAGAUUAAAAUGGAGAACGGGACCCUCAGAAGAAGCUCCAGACGCAGCAGUGGCCAUAAGAAGUCGUCCUCGAGAAAGAGGUCCUCAAGAAAGAAGAAUAAGAAGGACAAAAAGAAAAAGGAAAAAGCUGAAGAAAUCCCUUUCAAAAGGGUUUUGGCUCUGAACAAACCGGAAUGGCCUUACCUGCUGGUGGGCGUACUGGCCAGCUUUGUGGGUGGAGGUGUUUAUCCUUGCGUGGCCAUCCUGUUUGCCAAAAUUAUUGGUGUGUUUGCAGAAGUUGAUCCCGACGUGAAGCGACAAAAGACUAUGAUGUUCUCCCUUUUAUUUCUGCUAGUUGGAGGAGUAGCAUUUGUCACAAAUUUCCUCCAGGGCUACAUGUUUGGUAAAUCUGGGGAGCUUCUAACCAUGAGGUUGAGAAGACAGGCUUUCAAUGCCAUGUUGCGACAGGAUAUCGCCUGGUUUGAUGACAGCAACAAUGCAGUGGGAGUCCUGACCACUAAAUUAGCCACAGAUGCGUCUCUGGUUAAAGGGGCAGCAGGAUCAAGAUUAGGAUUUGCUACAAACACUAUUUGCGCUCUUCUCAUUGCUAUCAUUGUUGCAUUUAUACAUAGCUGGCAGCUCACAUUUCUCAUCCUCGCCUGUGUGCCCUUUCUCACGGGGGCAAAUGCCAUACAGAUGAAGGCCAUGUCAGGACAUGCAAACAAAGAUCAGAGUGCACUGGAGAUGUCAGGAAAGAUAUCUACAGAAACCGUGGAGAACUUCAGGACGGUCGUCGCAUUAACCCGUGAAGAUGUCUUCUAUCGCAAAUUCAUGGACAGCCUCAGUAAACCAUAUCGGUCAAGUUUGUGUAAAGCACCCAUCUAUGGAAUCACCUAUGGUCUUUCACAAGCGAUUCCCUAUAUGGUUAAUGCUUCUAUAUUCCGCUUUGGAGCCUGGCUCAUCGCUCACUGCUACACACAAUACGAGAAUGUCUUUCUGGUAUUUUCUGUGAUCGUCUUUGCCGCUAUGAACAUCGGUCAGUCGUCAUCAUUCGCUCCUGACUUUGCCAAAGCCAAAGCGGCAGCUGCACGGAUCAUAAAGCUGAUAGAAAAGACACCAGCCAUUGACAUCUACGACGAGUCAGGAGAUAAACUAUCUGACUUUUCAGGAAAUAUAGAAUUCAGCGACGUGCAAUUCAGCUACCCGACACGUCAGAACGUGAAGGUCCUGCAGGGUCUCAACGUGUCCGUGUCUCAGGGACAGACUCUGGCUUUGGUGGGUGGCAGCGGUUGCGGGAAAAGCACCACCGUUCAGCUUCUGGAGCGUUUUUAUGACCCUGCCGCGGGUCAAGUGUUAGCAGAUGGGACGGACACCAAAAAGUUGAACCUGGCCUGGCUGCGUUCACAGCUGGGUCUGGUGUCUCAGGAGCCCAUCCUGUUCGACUGCAGCAUUGCCGAGAAUAUUCAGUAUGGAGACAACAACCGUGUCGUCAGCCAGGUGGAGAUCGAGGAAGCUGCAAAGAAAGCCAACAUACAUGACUUUAUCCUUGGGCUUCCAGAGAAAUACAACACUCGAGUGGGAGAUAAAGGAGCUCAGUUGUCUGGAGGACAGAAGCAGAGAAUCGCCAUCGCUCGAGCGCUGGUUCGCAAACCUAAAGUUUUGUUGCUGGAUGAAGCGACCUCAGCCCUUGACACAGAGAGCGAGAAGAUUGUUCAGAAGGCUCUCGAUGAUGCUCGUCUUGGCCGUACUUGUAUCGUCAUUGCCCAUCGCUUGUCCACUAUUCAGAAUGCUGACAUCAUCGUGGUCAUUCAGAAUGGCCGGGUUGCUGAACAGGGUACGCAUGCCCAACUCAUGGCUAAACAAGAGGCCUAUUAUGCUCUGGUAAAUGCCCAAGUAUCCGCACACUAACUUUUACCGAACGCUAGAGUAAACCAAAGUAUUUGUUAAUUUAAUAUGAAUGGUCAGUGACUAAUAUAUAAAUAUUACCCUUAAAAUGUCAAUCUUUAAAAUCUAGCAGCCAUAAGCUUGUAAUAAGCUCUUUAAUCAUGUGUGGUUUAUUUAAACAGAUUUAUUUAAAUUUUCUUCAAGAAAGAAUGUAUUUUUAUUUAGACUAUCGAAGCUCAUUUUUGGUUACUUUGUUACAUGUACUAUACUUCUACUAUAUACUGUACUAUAACUAUCAAUAGAUAUAUGUUUAUUUACAGAUAUUGUUUAUAAUGUGUAUUAUAAGUAAGUAUUCUAAGUAGUGUUAUUGUACAUAAAUGUAAAACUCUUUCCAACCUCGUCUCUGCUUUAACAUAUAAUAACAAUUAAAGAUUGCUUUUAUAUGCUGAAUGUACGAAUACCAAUGGGUGUACCCUUACAAUGUGAACAUCAGUUUUUUGAGCAUUUCACAAGUAUUGUGAAUGUAUUUUAUGACCUCACCGCAUGGGGGCGCAGUGCACUCAUAGUUUAAAGGUCCGGUGUGACUUCGCAAUGUUUUUACAUACACUGUUGUAACUUUCUCUCAAAUGACAACUAGCUAUAUUGUUGUUAUCAUUAUUAUUGUAUUAUGUAAAAAAAUAUCAAGGUAGUUUAAGCUUUUUCGAUUUAAAAAAAAAUCCAGCAUUCAUAAAGGUGGUCUUUAAUAAAAUUUAGAUCACCGCUUAAUGUUUGUUGCAUUUACGAACUUUGUGUUUGGCCAAAGUUGUACUUUUCUUAAAUGUAACUAUUUCUUUAUUGAUAGCCUAGAUGUUUUGUGUUUAUGUUCAUAUUGUACAUUUUUCUUUUAUACAAUUUAUCUUCAAAUGUAAAAAUGUUACAAAUAUACUGUACAGUUGUUACACAGAAGAAAUACUGUGAAUUAGG